AUGCUCAAAACCUCCGUUUUUCGAGAUUCUGAGGUUUAUGAUGUGCCUUGGGGUUUAAAUGAUUGUCAGUUCAGAUGGGUGCUAGCUAAAAUGAGGUUGAGGGAAGUUUUGAGGGUGCUUGUUCAAUUAAAAUGUUGUAUGAGUAUUAGAAAUAAUGUUCAUGCUUGA